UGCAAGGAAAUGAAGCCACAAGAAGAUAUUGAAGUGAAAAAGGAGCAAGAGGUUACCAAUGGUUGUGGUGAAAAUCUGGUAUCUUGCAAGGAAGGUGCUGAUUUGUUGGAGAAAAAAGGGGUCCAUCCUCUUUGGACACCCAGUUCCAGCACAAGAAAGGUGUGUAAUACAGGAGUAACGUAGAAACAGAAAUGUUGAAACUUCACCAGCAAUUAGAGCAGGAAGCGACACAACUGAUUGUACAAGUUACACUCAUAGCCAGUCCAAGAAGAGCACCAUGAAGUUACACUCUUUUUUGUGACCUAUAGCUACAAAUUUAAAGAUCCUUUCUUUCAUUCAAGCCCUAACGUCCAAACAAGGAUACUUCCCAUAUAAUUUGGGAAUUUGCAUGAAAUAUCAGCAAUCAAAUGUAAUUUGAAAAUGGAUUGAAGGGCAGGGAAGAGAUGCAAACUGCCCCGUCUUAAAGUAGGCAGUGAAUAGAAGUUCUGCAAUUUUUCCUCCUUAAGCUUCCAUGAUCCCUUCAUUUUGAGCACCAGUAGCAGAGGCAAAUUUUUAUGAGUGGGAUGCAUCUGGAUUGGCCCACAAUUAUGGCAACUUCCGGACCAAAUGCCACCAUUCCUACUCCGGAUCAGCUUACCAUCUUCUAUGGUGGAAGUGUUGUCGUGUUUGAUGCAAUUCCUGCAGAAAAGGUCCAAGAAAUUAUGCUUAUUGCUGCUGCUGCUGCUGCUGCUGUCAAACCUGUUGACAUGAAGAAAAGUGGGUCUCCUGAUGGUACACCAGUUCUUACAAGGUCUCCUUCAAUGCAAAGUACUGCUGCCCCACAUGCCCAAGCCUAUAGUCGUCAGAAUUCCUUUUGCAGAAUGCAAGCUGAAUUACCUAUUGCUAGGAGACAUUCUCUGCAGCGAUUCUUCGAGAAGCGUCGGGACAGGCUGGUGAGCAAAAGCCCGUAUCCCACUUCACCGGAAGGAAAAGAGGCAGACACCACAAAACCUGGUAUCAGUGCUGCACCUUCACCAGAUGCAGGUUGCUUUGGAAAAUCUCUUGCAUCAGACGAACUUCAACCAAAGGUUGCUUCCAACCUUGCUUGACCGAUGCUAAAGGCUUCUCAUGUAUCUUGGAAAACUGUUGUUAUAUUAGGUUCUUAACCUUGUUGUAUUGCUCGUGCAAGAUGUCAAGCGCAGUGGUGGUGAAGAUUUUUUGGUUACUUUUGGAUGCAUUGGACAGCAUGUACAAUUUCUCAUUGAAACUAGUGGGAUUUUGUUCACAUGUCUGCCCCUUGCAGCAAAAGGCACUUGUAAUGUCUUCUGAACCAGCGCCUUUUGGACGAUUACUUGUGUUAUUAUGAACUGUGGAAAACAAAUGACAAACAUUUGACGUGUGUGUGGUUUGCUUGUUAAUGGAACCUCUCUAGUGUUGUGCUGGCCA